GUCGACCUCAUGCGCACCUUCACCUUCCGCAACUCCAAGCAGACCUACACAGGAAUUCCCAUUAUAGUGGCAAACAUGGACACUGUGGGAACAUUUGAAAUGGCUGUGGUUAUGGCAAAACAUGCAAUGUUCACUGCAGUUCACAAGCAUUAUUCUCUGGAAGAAUGGAAACUGUUUGCUGCCAAUCACCCAGAAUGCCUUGAGCAUGUAGCAGCAAGCUCAGGUAGUGGCAAAGCUGAUUUGGACAAGUUAACAAGUAUUCUAGAAGCCAUUCCGCCUAUCAGAUACAUCUGCCUGGAUGUGGCAAACGGCUAUUCAGAGCACUUUGUGGAGUUUGUGAAGUCUGUCCGUGCACUGUUCCCGCAUCACACCAUUAUGGCAGGCAAUGUGGUGACAGGAGAGAUGGUAGAAGAACUUAUUCUUUCUGGAGCAGAUAUUAUUAAAGUGGGUAUCGGACCAGGUUCUGUGUGUACCACUCGGAUUAAGACGGGGGUGGGCUAUCCACAGCUAAGUGCUGUGAUUGAGUGUGCAGACUCAGCACAUGGCUUGAAAGGACAUAUCAUCUCUGACGGAGGAUGCAGCUGCCCAGGAGAUGUCGCCAAAGCGUUUGGAGCCGGUGCUGAUUUUGUCAUGCUUGGAGGAAUGUUUGCAGGCCAUGACCAGUGUGCUGGAGAAAUUAUGGAAAAGAACGGCAAAAAGGUGAAACUCUUCUAUGGAAUGAGCUCUGAUACAGCCAUGAAGAAGCAUGCAGGAGGAGUCGCUGAAUACAGGGCUUCAGAGGGCAGAACUGUGGAGGUGCCGUACAGAGGGGACGUGGAACUCACCAUCCUGGACAUCCUUGGGGGGCUGCGCUCCACCUGCACCUACGUGGGAGCUGCCAAACUCAAGGAACUGAGCAGGAGAACAACGUUCAUCCGGGUCACCCAGCAGCACAGCCAGGUCUUCUCUUAG